AUGCUUAGAGUUUCACGUUUAUACCCAAAAAGCCGUGUUGGUAGAGCAUUAGCAACCACUAAACGGUAUCAAUCUUCAGUAUGCGGGGCAUAUUUUCCAGAUGAGCCAUCAAGACCAGAAUUGAUUACUGAAAGAAUUCCUGGUCCCAGUGGAAUCAAAUUGAACGAAGAUUUGGGUAAGGUGUUCGAUAACAGAGCAUCCAAUUUUGUUACAGACUAUUUUAAUUCCAUCGGGAAUUAUAUUUCAGAUGCGGAUGGUAAUAAGUUGCUUGAUGUUUAUUGCCAAAUUUCUUCGAUUGCGUUGGGAUAUAACAACCCAGCAUUGAUCGAGAUGGCUAAGCUGGAUUCCAUGAUCAAUGCGUUAGUAAACAGACCUGCAUUGGCAUGUUUUCCUUCGAUUGACUACGGAAAGAUAUUGAAUGAAGGAAUUUUAGCAGCUGCUCCUCCGGGAAUGGACAAGGUAUGGACAGCCCUUUCAGGAUCAUGUGCCAAUGAGACUGCUUAUAAAGCUGCAUUUAUGUACCAAGAGGCGAAACGCAGGGGCUCAAUUGACUUCACUAGUGAAGAGUUGACGUCUGUUAUGGAAAACAAAGCGCCUGGUGCAUCGGAAAAGGUAAUUUUGUCGUUUGAUAAGGGUUUCCAUGGGAGACUUUUCGGGUCAUUAUCCACUACCAGGUCAAAAGCCAUUCAUAAGUUGGAUAUUCCAGCAUUUCCAUGGCCUAAAGCACCUUUUCCACAAUUGAAGUACCCAUUGGAUGAGUUUGUUAACGAAAACCAUUCCGAGGAAGAACGUUGUCUUGCAAUCCUUGAAGACAUUAUCACCAAGAAACAUCCACCUCAUAAUAUUGCAGCUAUUGUGGUCGAACCAGUACAGUCUGAAGGAGGUGAUGUUCAUGCCACUCCGUUUUUCUUCCAAGGAUUAAGAGACUUGACCAAGAAACAUGAAAUAUUAAUGAUUGUUGAUGAAGUCCAGACUGGGAUAGGGGCAACAGGUAAGUUUUGGGCUCACGAACACUGGAAUUUAUCAGAACCUCCUGACAUGGUAUCCUUUUCGAAGAAGUUCCAAGCUGCGGGAUUCUACUUCACUGAUCCAGAGUUACAGCCAAACAAGCCGUUCAGACAGUUCAACACCUGGUGUGGCGAUCCAUCCAAAGCAUUGAUUGCUAAAAGUAUCUACCAAGAAAUUUCCAAAAACAAUCUUGUACAGAAGACGGCACAAGUCGGAGACUACUUAUAUAAGAGCUUAUCCUCAGUUUUCUCUAAGUACCCAGACAGAAUUAAAAACUUGAGAGGUGAAAACAUGGGUACUUUUAUUGCUUGGGAUUGUGUCAGUCCAGAAGAAAGAAACAAAUUAUUAUUGGCAUGUCGUACCAAGGGUGUUAACAUUGGUGGAUGUGGAGAAGUUACCGUUAGAUUAAGACCUACUUUGGUUUUCGAAAACAAGCAUGCAGAUGUCUUAGCUAAUAUAUUAGAGGACAGCUUAAAAGACUUAUAUAAAUAA